GCACAAAGAUCUAACAUCGCAUUGGAUGCCUUCUCCAUGAUAACGGCAUAUCCAACACCAAGAUGAUCACCUUGAAAGGUGAAGGCGGAGCAAGCUUCCUUCUUGCAAAGGAGAAAAACUAGUUGACAGCAGAUCUCGCUAGCUAGUAUAUCAUAGCGGUAUUGUAGUAAGAUGUUGGCUCUACUUCGUGUUACAUUCUUUGCUUCCGUCCUCUUGACAUCAUCUGCAGCCGCCGUGGUGGUCUAUGACAGCGACAAACGCGGAGUGGUAGCCAGCGAACAAUUUGCCAGAGCGAUCGAAAUUGUAGAUCUACGAGACUUGACAACCGGAGUCCAAUACAACGAUGUCCUCGUAGGAGGUUCCAGUGGGCACAUUGUCCUGUCGGAGCGAGAUUCCAUUGGUCAGAACAUUUUGUUCCAGCCCAAGAGAAUUCCUUUGUACCACCCUCGAUCCGAAGCGGCUAGUUUGGCCGUCAUGCAGGAUACUAGUAGUAGCAAUGACAAGGUGGAUGUGGUGGCAUCGCUCGAUCGAAACGAGGAUGAUGUGGCAGCACUCGUCAUGAUUCGAGACAUUAAAGGCAGCAACGCGACCAGCCCUGUACUAGAAACACUCAUUGCCCGAGACGAAUUCCGGGACAGCAAUAUCAACAACACCGAUGCUCGCUUGAUGUCUGUGACCAGCUCGGAUGUCAAGGCGGUGGAUCUGGAUGACGACGGUGAAGUGGAUCUGGUAGCUUGUAUUGCGGGAAACCAUACGUCUGGUUCGGAGGAAGGAUUUCUUGUUGUGGGUAGACUAGACUUGGAAUCAUCCAAGUUUGUCUUUGAGACGAUUUACGAGGGUCUUGGCGGGACAGCCUUUGUCGAGGUGGCCGAUUUGGAUGGCGACGGAGACUUGGAUUUGGUCGUCUCGGCGCCGGAGAGAAACCUGAUCCUUCUCUUUUGGAACGACGGAUCGGGAAGUUUCACGUCGACGGUUUUGGACGCUACCGCAAAAGCUGCCGGGAAGAUGGCAGUAGGGGAUGUGGAUAACGAUGGGAGGCUGGAUAUCGUGGUGGGAGGUGAGACCUUUCUAGUGGCAUACUUCCAGGAGGUGGAACCCACUGCCGACAAGGUUUCAAAGCAGGCAGCAUCCUUUGCAGAAGGAGUCACAAUUUGGGACAUCAAAGACGAAUCUAGACGUUGCACAUCUGGAUGCGAGGUUAACAAGAUUCUGAUUGAGGAUAUUGAUGGAGACGGCAGCCCUGAUGUAGCCUUCACCAUUGAGGGCGUAUAUGAACUCAACGUUUUGUUUCAAGGGAAAACUCCGAGGGAGAGUCUAGUGAAUCUCGAUAGCCCCUACGGAUUCAGCCUGGGCGAUCUGAAUCUGGAUGGUUUGGUGGACAUUGUGGGGUCUGCGGGAAACGAUUACAAGGUUUUCUAUUUCCUAGGUGAAGAAGUGGAAGCAACUGAACAGCCAACCUUCAUGCCAUCUUCUCCUCCGGCUCCACAGCAAGAAACAGCAGCGCCCGAGAAAACGGAUUUGGAAUCGAAUGAACCAUCAGGACAGCCAAUUCAGCAGGAUUCAACCUCCUUUGCUACUGCGACCCUCCAUUCAGCGCUCGUCGUUUGGUGCAUUGCUGCUUCGACAAUGUUUGCGCUCAAGUAGAAACUGCAUCGAGAUCGAAUCGAAUCUGAAUCUUCGUUCCUACUUGCACAUGUACGGUAUCAUACAUGCUGAAGCCACCUUUUUAAAAAGCCUGCCCCUUUAUCUAGCUACCGUAGCUACCGGUACCGUACUCGAGUAGCUACUACCGGCGGAAAGAACCCGUCAAGCAUCAGGCUAAACACUCAUGGGACCACAGCUCUAUCAUACUCUGACAGCAUUGGAGCAGUCCACUCUGGCCCUGAUCUGCUGGGCUAUUCGAAGUCACGAAAGGGAAUGAAAGAUCUUCCCGCAGUUUCAUCCGUGGAUCCAUUUCGAAUUGAUUUGUGGCUGUCAGCGACGUCUUCUAAUGCCGCAAGAUGGCUUGUUCCAUCCAAGCACCCCUGCCGC